CCCUGUCUCCUGGCCAGGAUGGCCAUGCCAGCGUGGAGCACCUUCCAGCGUACGAGCAGAUCAUGCAAAGCCUUAGUGAGCUGGCCAAGUCCUUUCAGGAGAUGGCUGACCGCUGCCUGCUGGUUCUGCAUUUGGAAGUCAGGGUUCAUUGCUUCCACUAUCUCAUCCCGCUGGCUAAGCAAGGGAACUACGCCAUCAUUGCCAACGUGGAGAGCAUGGAUUACGACCCCCUCGUGGUCCGGCUCAACAAGGACAUCAGCGCUAUCGAGGAAGCCAUGAGCGCCAGCCUGCAGCAGCACAAGUUCCAGUACAUCUUUGAAGGCUUGGGGCACCUUAUUUCCUGCAUUCUUAUCAACGGUGCCCACUAUUUCAAGCGCAUCAGUGAAUCCGGCAUCAAGAAGAUGUGUAGGAACAUCUUCAUCCUGCAGCAGAACCUGACGAACAUCACAAUGUCCCGAGAAGCCGACCUGGACUUUGCAAG